CAUGCUGGCGAGAUGGCUGAGGGCUACAGGUUGUUAGGUUUUUUUGAGUGUGGGAUAAAGUGUCUUGAGUUCAGGCUUUCUGUAUUAACCUGGCAGCUUCAGAGAGGCCAAGGAUGUCAAGGGGGAAGCAUUGGUCUUUGAUCCCACCUCUCAUUUUGCACACGAGGCCCAAUGAAGAAAGGAGCCGUCACUGUGGUGGAGCUGGAGCCUGAUUCCCAGCCUCCUUCCCCUGCUGUCCGCGCUUGCUGCUGCAGUCAGCCACUAGCGUUUAUGGUGGGCAUUAUUAAUGUAGAUGCCUUUUUUAGAGAUUAUCUGUUUGGGGCUUCAUUGUCCCUGAACUCCUUUAUAACUUCCUGACCUUCACCCCAAGGCUUCUUUGGCCUUUACCUUGCCCAGGGGGAAAAAGACUAUUUGGCCUCAGCUGUAGGAGCCUGGCCUUUCCUGCUCCAGACAUUCGGCUCUCACUCCUGUGGGUGGGUGGUAUGUAUGACCCAAGACUUGUCUUGUUAGAAUGAAAUGUGUGUUCUCGGCAGGGCUGGGUCUGGCCAGCCAGGUAGGUGGAAGGGUGUUCUUUUCUGUCUUAGCUUGGGCGCCACCUCAAUGUGGUGUCUAGGGACUUGUCUAAGUUUCCAGCAUGAGCCAGUCUUUGCUGCCACUUCUCAUUUGAACCUGAACCUUAUGCUAGACUGGCCUUGGAGUGCUAGGAUUCCUCAGGCUGUGUGUCCUGAGGAUGUGCUCUGAGCCUGCCUGUCAGUGUUCCUCUGAGCCUACAGCCUCCCGACACAGACCUAGCCUUCCCAGGCUCCCCAGCCCAGAUCCGCAAGCCAGUGACACAGAGCGUGCUGCAGGUCGUAAGGCUCAAUCAGUUGGUGGGACAGCCAGCAGCCUCUUGGCAACAGAAGUGAUAAAGAGGCAGGGACACUGUCCCAGAAAGCGGUGUUGCCUCUGAAUGAACGCUCAGAAGUACAGGGGUUGGAAAAGGGUUGGGGCAGGAGCCUGUGGAUAGGAAUUGCUGCCUCUGUGAAUGAUUAACUCUCGGGCCAGAACGGGUGGCCUAGGGGGAGGGCUCAGCUAACAGGACCUUUGGACUCAGGGCAGAGUGGCCAGAGGGCCGGAGGAUAACCUGCGGAAGAGGAGGCUAUGGCAGCCAUGGGUGCCCAGUGGUGCUGAGAGCAGUGGGGCAUGGCUGUGGUCCUGCAGGUACUGCCCUGUGUGGCCCGAACCCUCUUACGCCCGCUCCUCAUGGGGAGCCCGGUGGUCCGGCUGGCCAGCGGCAUGGCCCUGGCAGAGCAGGCACAGCAGCUCUUCGAGAGCACUGUGGGGGCUGUACUUCCAGGCCCCAUGCUGCAACGCGCACUGUGCUUGGAUCCUAGCAGUGGGCUGCUGAAGGUGCGGGAUCGGAGCUUUCAGCUGCGUCAAAACCUCUACCUGGUGGGCUUUGGCAAGGCUGUGCUGGGCAUGGCAGCUGCAGCUGAGGAGCUCCUGGGCCAGCAUCUCGUGCAGGGUGUGAUCAGCGUGCCCAAGGGGAUUCGUGCUGCCAUGGAGCAUGCUGGCAAGCAGGAGAUGCUGUUGAAGCCACACAGCCGUGUCCAGGUAUUUGAGGGUGCAGAGGACAACCUGCCAGACCGAGAUGCACUUCGGGCUGCAGUGGCCAUCCGGCAGCUGGCUGAAGGUCUCACAGCUGACGAUCUCCUGCUUGUACUCAUCUCAGGUGGGGGCUCAGCCUUGCUCCCUGCCCCUAUUCCGCCUGUGACACUGGAAGAAAAGCAGACACUCACCAAGCUGCUCGCAGCCCGUGGAGCCAACAUCCAGGAGCUGAACACCAUCCGGAAGGCCUUGUCCCAGCUCAAGGGUGGGGGGCUGGCUCAGGCUGCCUACCCUGCCCAGGUGGUGAGCCUGAUUUUGUCAGACGUGGUGGGGGACCCGGUGGAGGUGAUCGCCAGCGGCCCCACCGUGGCCAGCGUCCACAGCGUGCAAGACUGCCUGCACAUCCUCAAUCACUACGGCCUUCGAGCUGCCCUGCCCCGUUCCGUGAAGACUGUGUUGGCUCAGUCUGACUCUGACCCUCACGGGCCGCACAGUUGUGGUCAUGUGCUCAACGUGAUCAUUGGCUCAAAUGCGCUGGCCCUGGCUGAGGCCCAGCGGCAGGCCGAGGCACUGGGGUACAGGGCCGUGGUGCUGAGCGCAGCCAUACAGGGUGACGUGAAAAGUGUGGCCCGGUUCUACGGGUUGCUCACCCGAGUGGCCGGAGCCCACCUCACCCUGCCUGUGACUGGGGCCUCCGUGGAGGAGGAGGCACAACUCUGGGAGCUGGCAGCUGAGCUCCAGCUCCCAGACCUGCAGCUCAAGGAGGCCCUAGAGGCCGUGGCGGGGGCCGGGGGCCCUGUCUGCCUGUUGGCUGGUGGUGAGCCCACCGUGCAGUUGCAGGGCUCAGGAAAGGGUGGCCGGAACCAGGAACUGGCUCUGCGUGUCGGAGCAGAGCUGGGACAACAGCCACUGGGGCCUCUGGAGGUGCUGUUUUUGAGUGGUGGCACCGAUGGACAGGAUGGGCCCACAGAGGCAGCUGGGGCCUGGGUCGUGCCUGAGCUUACCAGCCAGGCUGCCACUGAGGGCCUGGACGUGGCUGCCUUCCUAUCCCGCAAUGACUCUCAUACCUUCUUCCGCUGCUUCCGAGGCGGGGCGCACCUGCUGCACACGGGGCUGACUGGAACCAAUGUCAUGGACGCCCACCUCCUGUUCCUGCGGCCGCGGUGAUGGCAUGGAUCAUGGUUGAGUGCCGAGGAGACCUACGGGGCAGCAACCUGGGGCAGACCAGGGUUGGUCCCCAAGGCCUAACCAGGCCUGAGGGCCCCUUCUGUCCUUGGUGGUGGCUGCUCUGUUGACCCUGGGCCUCUGUUCUGUGCUCAUUCCCCCAGCCAAACUGGCAGAUGGGGGCCCUCUCCUCUCCCUCCUCUUGGCCAUGACAGCAGCUAACCCUGAAGAUUGGGAUGAGCCCCUUGGCCUGUUGGCUAUUCCUAGUCUUCUCCCCAACAGCAGGCAGCCCCUCUGCCGAGCUCUUGAGUGUUUUUUCUAUGGGGGGGGAGUGAGAAGGACUGCAAAUAAACAGAGCCACACUAUGGG